ACCUAAAAAUGGCGACCUAGUCGUAGUUCCAUAGCAUAAACAAUCUGCAAAGCAAAGGAGCUUACCAUAUUCAUUGUUUUUUGUUCAACUUGAUAUUCUUCGCCAAUAAGCUAAAAAAAAAAAUUCAUCGGUGUUCUUCUAGCGCUUUGAAGGAGUUUAGCCUGAAAUGAGCAGUUUCCAGAACCUUUUAAAUACAACAACUAACGGCCAUCCUGGCACAAGCAGCCCAAAUCCUUCUACUCAGAAUACAGCUACAAGCAACUCAACAGCAAUCAUGAAUAAUGGUCCAAUGAGUUCACCCAUCAUCAUGGCAACUAACAGCAGCCCUAUUAUGGCUAGAUCUCAGCAGUCAGUUCAGUCUAUGCCAGAGCAGAUUAUAGUUCCUGUUGGGAAUGUCAUGGGCGCAUCAAAACUUUUAGAAUCAAGGCAGGCUGCAGCAUCACAAGCUGCAGCUGCUAAUGCUGCUGCUCAAGGAGCCUCAGGGUCUGAAACUAAAGGGGUUCUAGACAAGUCACGCUUAAGGGAUUUGGUUAAAGAAGUAGAUCCUCUUGAGCAGAUGGAUGAUGAUGUAGAAGAUGUUCUAUUGCAAGUUGCUGAUGAUUUUAUUGAAAAUGUUGUGGCAGCAUCAUGUCAGUUAGCAAAACAUAGGCGCUCCAAUACUUUAGAAGCAAAGGAUGUGCAGUUGUAUUUAGAACGCAACUGGAACAUACAAAUUCCUGGUUUCGGUUCUGAGGAGAUUCGUCCAUACAAGAAAUCUAUAACAACAGAAGCUCAUAAACAAAGAAUGGCCUUGAUAAGGAAAACAUUGAAAAAAUAUUAACUCAGUUUAUUUUUGUAGAUAUGUAUGAAUGGUUAUGUAAAUACUUUUGAGAAAAUUGUUAGCUUCAUUUAUGUUUUAGUAGUAUGCUACCUAUCUACUAUAUAGUCUAUAUGUGCAAUGCCGGCAGUAUAAAUCAAGAAGUUUCCAGAAGACUAAUAGAAGUGAGGGAGAAUGUAAUAGACACUCUAUGCUUGUUUUGUUUGCUAUUGAGGAUUUAUAUGUAUGUACAGUGUUUGGCUAUAUUUACUUGCCUGAAUUCAUUAAUUGCAAGAGAUCGUAAAUUAUAAUAAAACAAAAUCAAUCACUUG